AUGGACGAGGAUGAAACAUUUUCCCUCACUUCGAGCAUCCGCAAUUACGAAUAUUUCGGCCAUCGAAGAUACCAUGCUUACCAUGCAGGUGAAUAUUUUAUGCCAAACGACGAGGAAGAACAGGAACGCUUGGAUUUGAUGCACCACCUGUUCCUCCUCAGUUAUGAUGGCGAGCUCUAUCGUGCCCCCAUCCCAAAGACUGUUGGGCGCACCCUCGACAUCGGAUGUGGUACCGGAAUAUGGGCGAUAGAUUUUGCUGAUGCGCACCCCACAGCCAAAGUCAUCGGAUCUGAUCUCUCAGCGAUACAACCCGGCUAUAUCCCGGAAAAUCUGCAGUUCGAAGUCGAUGAUGCCGAGGAAGAUUGGCAGUACACCCAACCGUUCGAGUUUAUUCAUGUUCGGGGAAUGGGCGGAGCGAUAGCAAAUUGGCCGCGGUUGUUAAAGCAGGCAUUUGAUAACCUGGCACCGGGAGGCUGGAUAGAGCUCGCUGAAUUCGAUGCAUGGGCUUCGACUGACGACAACAGCCUUCCCGAAUCAUCUGCUUAUAAUCAGUUCCAGACUCUCUUGGGAGAAGCGUCUGAAUUAUUCGGCAAGCCGGUCAAUGUGGCCUCCAAGUUUAAGGAUUUUGUACGAGAAGCUGGCUUCACGAACAUUGGAGAGGACAACCGGAAAAUACCUUUAUCGCCUUGGUCAUCAGACAGGAAGAUGAAACGGCUCGGGAAUUAUAUGCAGAUGGCCAUGUCGGAGUCUCUGGAGCCAUAUGCCCUGGCUCUCUUUACGAAGGUGCUGAACUGGGACAACAUCAUGAUACAGGCCCUGCUUGCCGGGGCAAGAAACGAUCUGAAAAAUAUGGAUUACCAUAUAUACACCACUGUGUAA